AUGCAGAAUGAGUGCCUGUCGCAUUACGUGGAAACGUUCCAGUCGUGGUGCGAUAAGCACGUAGCGCUGGUGGAUAAGGUGAAACACUCCGAGACCGAAGCCUGUGGGAUUUGCUACGAUGAUAUGGGACCGUACAGGAAGCUGGAAUCGAUUCGUGCCCCGUGCUGUCAGAAUGGCUGGUUCCAUCGGAGCUACGUGGCACAGUUUGCCCAAUCGGCGAGGUACUUUUUCAAUUGCCCUUUGUGCAACAAGGACGACUUUAGUCUGCAGAUCCAUCAGCGUGGCAUUUAUAUUCCGGAAAAUUAA